AUGGCUGGAGGCGGUCGUUGUGUCGUGGCCUUUGGAGCUUUUUUCUCCAUUUUCCUUGCCCUCGUGGCUGGAGCGCCAACGGCGACCUACGCCGAUGAUGUCUCGCCCGGCGCAAGCCAAAUCACCGAACACGUGUGUGACCCGGCGCAGCUGGUCGAAGGAGGAAAGCAGUGGCUUGAUUUGGUUCUCAAGCCUGAGAUGAAAAGCAUUGCGUUCAAAUGUAAAGAGGAGUCGAUAGAACUGAAGCCAGAUGGGAACGACGUGUUUACGACCGAGGACUGUUCGGACCCCAAAACCCUCCUGUCGAAGGCGUGCCCUGGAGCGCAACUAGAACGUCCGGCAGGCGCGCCGAAAAAGUUUACAUUAACCGUCAGCCCGAGGCCGUCGGAGGACAGGUUCUUUUACUACAAGUGUGAAUCACAGAAACCUCCCACAGUGCAGACACGCGGUUCGGACACCGGUGUGACGCAGAAGGACUGCAUCGUUAAGAUAACUGUCAAGGGCGUCAGUCCUGCCACCAUCGUCCCUCCCGUCCACAUCUGCGAUCCGAAGGAACAGACAGACGAUUCAGUGAACCUGAAGGAAGUGACCCUUGAGGCGGACAAGCAAAGCAUCGACUUCAGUUGCGGUAACGAAGCAGGCGCACAGCUCACUCCUGCGACGAGCCUGAAGAAGUUUUGCGCGGAUGAGGGCUGCCAGGAGCAGAAAGAGCUCUCCUCGGUCUGGAGUGAUGCUGCACUGACGACGGCAGGCUCUGGUGCUGCGACGAGUUACACGCUCAGCAUCAGGUCGGAGCGCAAGGAGGACAAAAAUAUCUACUACAAAUGCAGUAUUCCUGUGAAGGAUCCAGCGGAGAAACCGAAGGAUGGGGCGGACAGCAUGGAGAAGAGUUGUUUCCUCAAAAUUACGGUCAAGUCGGAUGAGUCGUCCUCGGCACCAGCGUGGAUGGCUGUGUCGUCUUGUCUUCUCGGGCAGAUCAUGCUCGGUCUCUUCUGCAUCUAG